AUGGCAGUAUGGAUGCUCUUCAUGUUUGCAGCUACAUUGGCCACAGUGCAGUGCUCCUGGGUCUUGUCUUUAGACAUGGCUCUUGAUUCCAUUGAUGAUGCUUAUGUACACUGCACUGAGAAGAUGUCAAAAUUGGUGAAAGAAUAUUACCUUGUCCGAGAGAUGAAUACAAAUGCAAAGUUUAGGAAUGCCUGGUGUGAGGCACAGAUACGGGCCAAACCAGGUGACGGUCUUGGUAAGGAGCAAGCAGUUGCCCUAUGGGUCUACACAAGCAACACUGUUUACUCUGACUUUAACAGGGCUGUUGGCAAUGGAACAACAGUUCGAUUUGGCAGGUUUGCCUCCUCCUCUUGGGAUGCCAAUGCAAAUGUCAAAUUUGGGGACAAGACUUGUUUUAUUAUUCAUACCAAGUUUGGUGCUAAUAUAUCAAAAUUUUCUGUAUACAAACAAGAAAAAGAGGUCCUGAUACCACCAUACGAAACAUUCAGAGUGAUUUCUGUUCAGUACAGAAUGUAUAACCCCUAUCUGUGGUGUGAGGUUGUUUACACUCUCAAGAGUGUCGGUAUUCAGAGCUACCUGAACUGUGCUUUGUGUCACAAAGUUAAUCAUCUGUAUUAA